AUGGAAGGAUUUAAUCAUUCCAGAGUGUCUGAAUUUGUAUUACUUGGCCUUACAGAUUCCCCUGAUAUCCAGAUUUUUCUCUUUGUGGUGUUUACUAUUUUAUAUCUAAUGACUAUGUUGGGCAACUGCCUGAUAUUAUUCACCGUCAUAUCCUCCCCAAACCUCCACUCUCCCAUGUAUUUCCUGUUGAGCAACUUGUCUGCCAUUGAUAUGUGCCUAUCUUCUUUUGCCACUCCGAAGAUGAUCAUGGACUUCUUUGCUCAGCAGAAGACUAUCUCCUUUGAGGGCUGCAUUUCACAAAUCUUCUUUUUGCAUCUCUUCACUGGAACGGAGAUUGUGCUGCUUAUUUCUAUGUCUUUUGACAGGUACAUUGCCAUACGCAAACCUCUUCAUUAUAAUACAAUUAUGAGCCAUAGAGUGUGUGUUGGACUUGUAGUGACUUCUUGGAUGGUAGGAUUCUUGCAUACAAUGAGCCAGUUAGCUUUUACACUCUAUUUGCCCUUUUGUGGUCCCAAUGUUGUGGACAGUUUCUUCUGUGAUCUUCCUUUGGUCAUCCAGCUAGCUUGUAUAGAUAUUUAUGUUCUUGGGAUCUUUAUGAUUUCAACCAGUGGUGUGAUUGCUCUUAUAAGUUUUUUGCUUUUGUUCACCUCUUAUAUAAUUGUCCUUGUCACUAUCAAGAACCAUUCCUCAAAAGGAUCAUCCAAGGCUCUUUCUACUUGCACAGCACACUUCAUAGUUGUAUUCAUGUUCUUUGGACCCUGCAUCUUCAUCUAUGUGUGGCCUUUCAAAAACUUCCUGGUUGACAAAAUUCUCUCUGUUUUCUAUACAAUUUUCACUCCCUUUCUGAAUCCACUUAUCUAUACUCUGAGAAACCAGGAAGUGAAGACAGCUAUGAAGAAGAAACUAAACAACCAAUAUUUCAGUACUGGGAAAACUACACCACGUAUCCUAGUGCAAUGA